GUGCCUGGAACUACAGUGGUGUCGCAGGAAAUGCAAGAGAAUGUGAAAAAAUGUAAAAACUUUUUAGCUACCCUUAUAAAACUUGCUUCUCAUAACUCACCAUCUCCAGAAACGUCCCGCAAUGUGAAAGCUCUGGUUCAAGAUUUGCUGGAUGCAAAGAUUGAUCCAGAAGAAUUUACAGGCCGCCUUCAAACAGAACUCAAAUCAUCUCCUCAGCCAUAUCUUGUACCUUUCCUUAAGAAAAGUCUACCUGCACUGAGACAAUCCUUACUGAAUAGUCAGCAUUUGGUUUUGCAAGGCCAGCCGUCUCAGCAGUCACUCCAGCAGAGCAAGCUCUCACAAGUUAUACCUCAAUCUGCCUCGGGAAGCAUCUCCUCUGUUGUCACCACGCAGACAAUAGGAAUAAGGCAACCAAACAACAUUUGCACAGUGUCUGUAUCAAAUACAGUGCAGCCUCCUCAGGUUAAGGUGGUACAGUCAAAUCAGAGUUCUCAACUGCAGAUUAUCCAGUCAACAUCUGCUCAAACUGUGAAACGAACCCCUGCUUGCCAGACUACCCAGAUUAGGAUGCCAGUGGUAAUAACUCAGACCAUUAGACCACAAGGCACAGUAGGGAAGGCACCAACAAUACAAGCCAGUAAAAGUCCUGGGGGCUUUGGUGUUCAGGUCUCUGCAAAUCAGAAAAACAAGCUGAAUGACCCUGGAGGUGGUUCUUUCAGAGAUGACGAUGACAUCAAUGAUGUUGCCUCUAUGGCUGGUGUUAAUCUCAAUGAAGAAAGUGCCCGAAUUAUGGCUGCCAACUCUGACUUGGUUGGAACCCAGAUGCAGUCCUGUAAAGAUGAACCCUUUCUUGCUGCUAUACCUCUCCACAAACGCAUACUUGAAACGGCUAAAAAACUAGGAAUUACUGAUGUGCCAGCUGAGGUGGUUACUUUUAUUUCCCAUGCAACACAGAACAGAUUAAGAGCAGUGCUGGAGAAGGUGACAGUGAUAACCCAGCACCGGAUGGAGUCGUACAAAGAUGAUGAAUGGUACGAGCAAGCCACAGAUGUCCGGUCACAGCUCAAGUUCUUUGAACAGUUGGAGCGUUUAGAAAAGCAAAGGAAAGAUGAACAAGAGAGGGAAAUCUUGCUGAAGGCUGCCAAGAGUCGCUCAAGGCAAGAAGACCCAGAGCAAGCUAGACUGAAACAAAAAGCAAAGGAGAUGCAGCAGCAGGAGCUUGCCCAGAUGAGGCAGAGGGAUGCCAACCUGACAGCCCUGGCAGCCAUCGGUCCCCGCAAGAAACGGAGGCUGGAUGCACCCGGCCUGCUCAGCAUAGGAGGAGAGGUAAGUGUGCACCCCGAGCCAGGGACAUGAAAUCACUCCUUCAGAACC